AAGCGCUGCCGUUCGUUCGUUCGUUCGUCAUCCUUGAAGUUCUUUCUGCGGACUGUGUCCCACCUUCCGACCUCUGAGAGGCACAUUUCCGCGGCUAGUCCGUGAUUCUUCGUUCAUUUUCCUGUCUGGGACAGCUGGCCGAUUACUUGAUCAUUUUCAUUUCAAGAACCCUCGGGGCAUCUGUCAUUCAUUAUCAUGGUUUCGAAUCUACCCCAUUUCACGCCGUUCUCUGCUUCUCAAGCAAAAGGAUUGAUUGUUGUUCCCGUGUUUGCCUUGCUAUCUGCAAUAGCGCUCGUUUUCAUAGUUUUCAGGAGUAUACGUCUUGUGGUGAUCCAGCGUAAUGGGUUGGCGUGCAAAGCCCCGGAGAACCUAUUCUUCCGUACCCAGCUGGGCCAUUAUGCUGCCUCCCUUGUUUUGAGCAAUGUUUUCAUCACCGCAGCUGGGCUCAUGGAGUUUUUCUGGGUCAAACAAUCUGGGAUUCAUCAAGGCUCCAUGUGUACUUUCCAAGCUGUCCUCAUGCAGAUUGGUAACUGGUCCACCUGUUUCUUCUCGAUUGCUAUUGGUGUCCACACGUGCAACUCCCUGGUUUUUCGCCUCUACCAAAUUAGCUGGCUGAGCGUGACGGUCAUCGCCUUUGGAUGGAUCAUGUCACUGGUGAUUGCACUGGCACCUCUCAGCCAGGCUGGUGUCUACGGCCCAGUCACCGUUUCUUGUGGCGUUACGACGGCAUAUCCCAGCAUGAUAUUCGGGCUUGAAGCUUUUCCAGUCAUCCUCGUGUCUGUACUUUCGGUCAUUAUUUACUCCCCGGUCUACCUUGUCCUCCGCGGCAUUCUGCACGUCAAUUGGGGCAUCAAGCCGACUUUCAAGGCUCAGGGACGAUGGUGUGCUGUGACCGACUCUGAGGACUACCACCGCUUCAUGGUAGCCGUCGCGAAGACGAUGUUUUGGUUCCCUAUUGCAUUCGUCUCCCUCUUCUUGCCGUUUACGGUUGCAAAUCUGGCGCAGUUCUCCGGUCGUACUAUCCCAUUUGGAGCAGAUGUAUUCGCGCAUGUAUGCUCGUUUAUGCUUGGGCUUGUCAACGUCGGUCUCUUGUACAACACCUUCCGUGUGCUCAGUCCAGUUUUCCAUGGUCUGACAGUCCCAAAGCUUCAGAUCGAUACAGAGAAGACUUUUGGAAAUAACGCUUUCGACGAAUCGCCUAUUCUUCCUCCGGUUGCUCACAUGCCCAAAGGACCGCUUUUGCCUCUGUACAAUGAUGCAUCCAAGGCAAUAUCCCCAGUCUCGCUCUCAGAGUUUCCGGCAAUUAAACAGCACUCUCGCAACUCGUCUACCGCAAGUACUGAUUCCACGACCCACUUGUUGAGCUUCAAGAGGACACCUUCGAGGUAUCACAAGAUGAGGGUCAGGCAGGGCGAGUCGAUGCUGCCUCUGUCUCGCAGCAUUCUCACUCCUGCGGAGCUCAACCGUCAGCUCGAUGCUGCAUCUGAUACGGAGAGCCUCAAGGGUCACAACCUUUGCCUCGACUUGCCUAUGGCUGAGAUCAACACAGCCAAGAUGGCCGUUGUAACUGUCAGCCUAUCACCUGCACCUCGUUCUGCUGUUGCAUCAGUGAUCACCGCCUCUCCGAUUGUGCCUGUACCUGUACAAUCCACGAACGCUUCUCCCAUCAUGAGGCAGUUCACUGCGGCCUUUGGGAGCUCGAGCCGCAAGUCGUCCAAGUUUGGACCACGACCAAAAGGCAGUGGUAAAUUGCCCCUCACUCUUCCUGUUGGGCCGCCGCUUUCACCUAUCCCUGCCUCUCCGUCUGUCAAGAGUCCAACAAAAAAGUUUGUCUCGCGACUCCGCAUACCUUCUACAAGACGCAGACCUACCCCAUUGGAUCUCACUGAUGUCACUCCUGCGAUACCUGUCGUUCGGCCCCUACCUGCUAUUACUAUAAAGGUUGAGGCUCCUCAGAAAGUUGAUAAAGGUAAAGGCAGAGCCCUACCAUCACCUACAACUCUUCCUGUGGAAAAGGAUACCAUGUCUCGUUCCCUACGACCAUUACCUCAAUUCCCUCGAAACAGUGCAGCAUCCUCUUCUUCUAUGGAACGUAGUCGUAGCACUGAUCCUGCUGCAUCCCAUGAACGACAAUCCCUCUCAUCCGAAUCUUCCAUAUCUUCCUUCAUAGACAGCCCUGAAAGCAUCUAUUCAAGCGGCACAGUCGAGGGAGGAAGUGGGAAGGCCCUGCCGACCAUUCCACGGACGCGCGACAACACCAUUGACAGGGAGGACAGCAUCGAUUCCGAGUCGUCUUCGCCCCCUUCUUUCGAGAAGCGCAAACGGGCCCCUCGAAGUGAAAGAUCGACUUGGACGACAGUAUGGUCGCAGGAGAGUGCUCUUGCCACAAGCCAGCCUCCGGACGCAGAGGCCAUGGCUGCAUAUGCAUCACUUGUCCCUGGCGCGAGUGUGAUCAAGGGUGAUCAGACGAGCAUAGAAAAUCUUCCGAAGAGGCAGGAAGUUCCUCCUGUUCAGAUACCAUCUGCACUUCGGGCAGGCAAAUUGGCGGCAAAGCUGCCGGGUAUCCCGCCUUGGCUACGGGCAUGAUUCAGAGGGCUGGACUCAAUAUACUUACUGAACAAUCUUGACGCUACUUGAGACACGAUA